AUAUAUACUAAAUAGACUUCGUAAUUUUUUGAAAAAAUCAAUGACUAUAGAGUUUAAUGAACUUUGAGGAGUGUCAAAUUUGCGGGAAUUUUUGACAGUUGUCAAUAAACACAUCCCCAAGCUAACGUGAAUUCGUCUCGAAAUUGCCUUCGAUGGAUGGAUUGCGAAUAAAAUAGUUUGUGUUUAAUGGAAAAUAUAAUUUAGGCGAGGUAAGCGAUGUCUGAAUGUUAAUUUGAAGUGUGAAUUUGUGUUUCCUCAAUUCAUUGCGAGCAUAGGAAAUUAUUGUGAACGGUCGUGUAACAUGGCGCACCAAAACGACAUGUGGGGACGAGACAUAACGCUGGCCCUUUGUCGUCUUAGAUUCUAUUUCGAGCUUUGAAAGUGGGUAAUAUAUCGUUUUUGAGUUGUGUAUAAAGUUUUCGAGCUGUUACAUAAUCGUUUUGUGAGCUUGGAUGUAAUAUUACGACAUAAGUAUCGAACAUUGCAAUGGUGAAAACCCGUCGCAGCAACGGAGAAAACGGGGAAGUCGACGAAGGGAAUUAUUCGAUAAACGACGUUGGCAGCGUAUCGGAUGAGAAGGCAUCAAAUUGGUCUCAGAGAGAAUUACGGAGCAGCCAAUACAAGGUUACAAGAAAAAUACAACGUUGGCCAACUAAGCACAGCCGUAGCAGACUUCGAGCGAUCAAAAUGCCUCGUAUAAUGUUUCCCGAGAGUGACACAGAACCUGAAAAGUAUUCAAGGAGAUCUCGUCAAGUGAGAGUGUUCUUUGCUGACGACAAUGAUUCCACGAACAGGAGCAUAAAGAUUCGUCGCAACCGCGGCCCGAGGAAGAAUUACAUGGAAGACAGUGAAGAUAAGCCGAUACAACAAAAUGUGAGACGUAGUUGUCGCAAGCGCAAGCUGCUGCAUCACAACUUCAACGAGAGCUGGAUCACCAAUGAGCUCAAAGUCAAGGGUUAUCCUGACCUGUACGGGUUUCCUGUAACCAGCUCCUCGGAUGAGUUUUCAUCGGGAGAUGAGGCUAGGGAAACUAAAAAAUUGACUCGCAGCCAUCCCCCGACCAACACAGAUGAAGACACGCAGCUCUCGCGUUUACGACGAACUUCAGCUAGAUUCACAAAUAAAAAGGAUGCUUCAGAAUCAGACUCGGACGAUGAAAAAAACCAGACUGUAAUAGAAAAGAAACCUGUUGUAACCAAGACAGAAAAAGAGGAAGAUGAGAAAAUGGAGACAGAAGAAACGCAACCAAAGGAGAAAACAGAGAAAGAAAUUAAAUCAGAUGAGAAAAAUGUAGUGCAAGAUAGUGAGAGUAAUCAAACCCCAGCGCGGUCCACUCGGGGAAGGGGUAAGAGAAGUAAGAAGAAAGUGGACUGCCAACAAGACACAGCAUCAUCGUCAUCAUCAUCGGAGUCAGGCAGCGUGUUGGGCAUGCGGCCGCGUCGUUCCACGCGUACGCGCGCCGCACAACCCGCGAGGUUCGUGCAACUCGCACAGAGGGAGGAGCCCAGGAGCAGACCUAGAGGAAAAACAUUUACGCUAAGAAAGAAACCAUAUAGCUUGAGAGAAAGAAAACCAAAGUUACUACGGAGGAAAACUAUUAGAUCACAAUCUCCGUCAAGUAGCAGUAGUAGUAGCACGUCCAGUUCAGACACGGAAGAGGAUCUCAAUGUUUCCAUGAAGAAUAAAACCAAGGGCAGGCAAAAAUCGAAGUCCAUGAAUGAAGAUAAGAAAACAGACAGAGCUUUGCGGGACAUACAACCAAUAGAAGUCGAUGGAAGUGUGAGAUUUUCAUCUGUUGGAGGUCUAGAAGAGCAUAUAAAAUGUCUCAGAGAAAUGAUUCUGUUCCCCCUUAUGUACCCAGACUUGUUCGACAAAUUCAAGACACGACCAGCCAAAGGCGUCCUAUUCCAUGGGCCACCAGGCACUGGGAAGACUUUGUUAGCUAGAGCUCUGGCAAACGAAUGUAGUCUGGUCGGUGGGAGGAAGGUGGCGUUUUUCAUGAGGAAAGGUGCUGAUUGCUUGAAGAAAUGGGUCGGAGAAAGCGAGAGACAUUUAAAGUUGCUUUUUCAACAGGCGAAUAAGAUGAAGCCCUCGAUAAUUUUCUUCGACGAAAUCGAUGCGCUGGCGCCGGUGCGUAGCGUGAGGCAGGAGCAAGUGCACACGAGUGUCGUCGGCACGCUAUUGGCUGAAAUGGAUGGCGUGUGUGAUAGAGGAGAAGUGAUAGUAAUAGGUGCAACUAACCGCCUGGACGCAGUGGACCCCGCAUUGCGUCGCGCGGGUCGCUUCGACCGGGAGUUACAUUUCCCUCCGCCCCACGCGGCCGCGAGGAGGGACAUCCUGGACAUUUACACCAAACACUGGCAACCCAGGCUGAGCGACGACACGUUGAACCAUAUAGCGGAUAUCACUAAUGGAUAUGGAGGAUCUGAUUUAAAAGCAUUAUGUUCAGAAGCUGUAUUAAAGGCUCUAAGAAGAGUUUAUCCACAAGUGUACGAAAGCGAAUACGCAUUGGUUAUAGCUCCUAAAAAUGUGGAAGUAACAGAAGGUGACCUCGAGGCAGCAAUGAGCGGCCUGGUCGCGGCGGGCGCUCGAAGUAGUCCGGCGGCCGCGCAUCGAUUACCGCACUACAGUGUGCCGCUACUUCAUACGCAGCUGCGAGCCAUCUCCAAUAUGAUACAGGAGCCACAGUCUCUACAGGGACUUAGAAGGCAUAAUGACACACCAGCCGCAUCGAAUGUCCUGCUAAUUGUGGGGGAGUGUGCGGAAACUCAUUUAGCACCUGCACUAUUAGCACAGCUUGAGCGAUGUGCGGUGCGCGAACUGAGCGUCGCCGCACUGCAUUCCGCACUCGCUUUCACUCAGGAGCAAGCUUUGAUAUCGAUAUUCUCGGAGUGUCGUCGCGCGGAUCGUGGUUGCAUCCUGUUCAUCCGCGACAUAAUGGACGUGUGGCGCAGCUUGAGCGGCGGUGCGGGCGCGGCUUUGCUGCUGCAGCUGUGGAGGACGCGCGCAGCGGGGGAUAACACCAUACUUGUGGCCACUGCGCCUGCGCACGCUAUCCUACCACCAGAGCUUCAAGAAUUGUUCCCAGCGUACAGAGAUUGCAUAUACAGGGUGCGUGAACCCACAUCCUCCGAAGUGAUCAACUUCCUCAAACCAAUCCUCACUGAAGCACCCUUGGAACCACCUGUAGUUGAAAAUACUGAACCCCCGCCUCCAUUGCCUAGAGCCCCGCCCCCUCCCCCACCGCGCGAAAGUGAAGCAGAGAUAGCGAGGAGAAAGAGAAAGGAAGAUUACAAGCUGCGCGAGCUCAGGAUAUUUCUACGCGACAUUUGUAGGAAGCUGGCUUCGAAUCGACGCUUUUACAAGUUCACUAAGCCUGUGGAUCUGGAAGAGGUGACAGACUAUCUGGACAUAGUGAAGCAGCCAAUGGACCUUGAGACGAUGAUGACCAAAGUGGACCUGCACAAGUACAACUGCGCCAAGGAAUUCCUUGAUGAUGUCGAUUUGAUCUGCGCUAAUGCAUUGGAGUAUAAUCCUGACAGGGCUAGAGCGAUGUCUAGAACGUCGUCAGACAAGCAGAUACGUCACGAAGCGUGCGCGCUAAGGGACCAUGCGCAUGCGCUUAUCGACGUGGAAAUGGAUAGCGACUUUGAGUUGGACUGUCAAGAGAUAGCCAGGCGACGCGUCGAAGAAGGAGCGGCUGACAAUGAUCUGCCAGAUUUCAUCUACACUGCUUCGAAUUUACAGCAUAGUUUGAACUCGACCACAGCCGAGCAGAAUGACAGCAAGACAGUUCGGACUCCGCAAAACGGUGAAAAGAGUGAGCCGAACUCCGUGAAGCGCAAACGUAGAAGAAUGAACGCGUGGUCUAAGGGACUCGUGGUCAAACGACAAAAGACUGUGCAGAAGAACUUCAAAGAUUCAAGUAUGCCGAUAACAGAUGAAGAGUCCAAAGAGAACAAACCGAUCACGUCUACACCCCUGCACAAUGGGUCCUGCAGUACAUCAGGGUCUGACGAUGACGCGCCUUUGCGGAGGCCGGCCAACGAUGACUCACUGUUGAACCUUACCGCACAUUCGCAUAUCAACCAUGUUCUCGAAAGUCCGGCCAAGUCGACAGAAAGGUCGCCCACAAAGCAAUCACCAAAGAAAAGGAAUUCAGGCCACGAAGCCUCGAGUGGAGAAGCAGAGAAAGUACUGAUAAACAAGACUGAGUUAGAUAACAUUCUAUAUAAGAACGCGAAAGCGCUGCGCACCAUAGGCCUCGAGGCUUUGCUAGACAUGUACGCGCACCUCGCGGCUGCGGUGCGCGCGUACGCGUGCAAGCGCGACCGCACCAAACUACCGCACGCUCUGCACGCGGUCAUCACCAGAUACUUGCACGCCAAGAAGUGAAUAGCACGGCUGGCCUUCCGAUGAAGUUGACUUAUAUAAUUGCAAAAUAUAAGUGCUGACGAAAAUUCGAAAACUGUUUUUAACUUGUAUUUAUUGACUUAUGUUGUGCACACAAUAUAAAGAGAGACUUAUGUUGUGCAAUAUCCACCGCGGAUAACACUUGCAUGUUUUAUAUCAAACCUUGAAACAAUACUUGAAAGUCUUUCAUGAAUUUUGAGAUACCUUAAUAACUCCUACUAUACUCUUUCCACGACGAGAAGUUAAUAUAAUGCUUUCUCUGUUACGUAAUCCCAUACGAAUGAUAGAGACAAAAAUCUCAGUGGGGUCAGUACAUUAUAAGUGAAAUUUUAGCAAUCUGUAGGAUCAUUUUAUUUAUUUGACAAUAACUUAAAUGACUUUGACAAAUUAUUUGUUACUUUGACAAAUGCUCGAAGAAAGAGUAUCUACCUACGUACAAAAUGUGGUAAUUUCCAAAUAACUAAAUAGUCUAUUCACGAUUUUUGUCUCAUCUAUUUUAUCGUGUCCUCAUGCAAACGCUAUACAACCUAUAAAAUAAAACCUGGUUUACACCAAGCUAGUUGCUGGGUCGAGUAGAGUAACUUAGUACCAGCACUUUACUCGAGGCUUCACUCGGUCUGUUACAAUCAAUACUGACGGUUGCAGGAAAAAUAUGUCGGUGUAUCUAAUGUUAUAAAUACAUAUGUCAACUUGAUUAGAGCUGCAGCUAUACUAGUUUAAUGAACUUUUUAAAAAAAAAUAGGUACAUAUAGCCGAUAUAACAUCUUAUAUUCUACAAGAAAAGAUGUCCGUGGCAAUGCGAAUGUUUUUGCCUAUGCAAAGAACUUAUUUUUUACUAACUGAUCCACUCCAACUUUAAUUAAUUUAUGACAGUAAUCCUUUCUUAGCGGGAGUUGUUAUAGAAACAUUAAGACAAAUCUGUCUGACUUUUUGACGAGAAUUUGGCGUUUAUUGGUCCCGGCUACUAUCAUUAACAUCUAAUAAUAAUUCGAUUCCUUACAUCAUCAGAUAGUGUGUUGGUAGUGAACAUAGUGUUCGUAUUCAUAGGAAAAAUAUUUGAUGUCCAGGCAAUAUUGUACUCGUACAAGUGCACUGUCUCAACCAAGCACUCGACUGGUGUGAAGGCAUGUAAAUCAAUCGUUUAUUUGGUGCCCGCAGGCAAGUUUUUUCGCGGGUCUCGUUUGUAAUAAUUGUGUUUACACAGCUUUCGCCCGCGAUUCUAUUAGUGCACGAUAAAUCGAGAUCGCUGUCUUUUUUUCUCUUAUUUUAUUAGUAGUGUCAAAACGAAACAUACUUCGCUUUUUGUGACCUUUUGGUAAUAGAGCUUAGACAGACUUGCCAACUUGUUGAUUGCCAACUUUAUAAAUGGCUCUCUGCACUCUAGAUCAAGAAGAUAUGAACAAAGGAGUUGGGAAUUCUACGAGUCUAGAAUUUACAAUUCCUAGGUAUGUUUAGAUCUUCUUAGUAGUUGGCGCCGAUAUUGACACUUCACAACUUCUUAUUCGAUAUUGAUGUUGCAAGAUCGUCAAGACGGUUCGAUUUGUUUUUUAAAAGCAGUCAUAAUUUAUUAGGAAUUGGUUUGGUGUGGAUAUUGUUCCUGUGUCAAGACUCUUUAUUGUAUCGGCUUCACCUUUUUGUUAAGUCUGUAAAUUUUAAUUAAUGGAAUGUACAACGCUCACCACCGUAGACUUUUUAUGUAGAGUUUUUGAAUUUCGAAUUUUUACUUUUUUAUAUUCGUUUUUAAAUUUCUGAGUAACAAAGGUAAUGAUUGGGUUACGCGUGAAAAAUUAUGAAGUUAUGGUUAUAUUGUAGACUUUAAAUAACAAUAAUUUAUUUAAAAAACUUUUACUUUUUAUAAGUACUUAAUUUUACUUAUUUAAGAUUUAAAUCUGUUGACACGUGUGGCGUAUAAUGUUUAAAGGUGUAGACACACUGCUGGAGUGGUGUAUCGUUAUUCCGCAGAAGGCGAUCGGAUUCAAAACAGUUUUGAUAUAAUAACGUCCAUACUGCACUUACUUACUCCUUGACUUGUCAAGGUAUCUUGUUUAUGUCUUGCCUUUCCCUAUCGUCACGCUAGAUUACUUUGCAACACUACAUCACAGUAGUUUGUGUGCACCUUAAUGAGAGUUUCCUUCGAGCGCUCCCGAGCACGCUCCAUAUUAAUUAUGAUGAUUUAUUUGAUUUUAUAUUAUUUAUUAUAGUAUUUUAAUCUACACUUCAAGGAAAUUUUUAAAUAAUUUUAAAUACGCAUUAAACAUUGUGUGACGAAUUUGUGAUACGUAUGUUCUUUCAGUACUGAAGCGACUGUUAAUGCCAUCUAGUAGCGACAUUUUGCAGUUAUCGAAACUACUUUGGUUGCUAAAUAUUCAAAUAAAAAUGAUUUAAUUUUUAUUUGAAUAUGUAGCAACUAAAUAUAAUGAAAUUUUUAGACGCUUGGGGAUACAUUUCUCUUACGUUUUUUAUAAAAGUUUUAACUAAACGGUAACCUAUAUCAAUGUAAAUGAUAUAAACAUAAUAAAAUAUGUAUUAAAAAUGAAUUAACAAUACAUAAACAAUAGAUAGAUUGAGUGGGAUGUGAUAUCGAUGGAAUAUGCACAUAUUAUAAUAAUUAUUAUUAAUGAUAUAGUUACCUUAUUCCAGUUUGGGAUAAAAAUAUAAUUACGUGUUUAAUGUACCUUAUACUGAUUACUGUUAUGAAAUAAGAAAAACUACUGCCAUUUGUACUCUAUAUUUAUUAUCUGUCAAUGAAUUUGGAUUAAUCUGUUAAAAAUUCGAUGAUUCGGGCUCGUAUAAAAAAACUUUAUAGUAAAAAUAUAACACGUGUCAAUAUAGAAACAAAUCGAAACAAAGUGAUGCUAAUCAUACCGUCUCACUUACACACUUUACAAAGACAUGCUGUGUAAGUGAGAUCGAAUGAUUAAUGCUGCUCUUUUCGAUUAGUUUUUGUAUUUGGUAUGCGUUGUAGUUACAGAAUAUACAUACAUAUAUAUUACAUAUGUAAAAUUCACUCGAAAUGUGCAUUUUCAUUACUUAAAUAUAAGAAUUGUAUAUAUUUUUCCCACUAAUGAAUAUGUGAUAAAAACUAAGAUUUAGUUUAAUUUCAAAGAGUUAAAAAGAUAAAUAAAAACACUUGUUCGAUCCUAACAUCGAAUUUUACACUACAAAACGAACUUUUAGUAAUACUUGUAAAUACCUUCUGAUAAGAAACAUGUCUAACACUUGCAGAAAUAACUCUUUAUUAAAUCAUGUAAUUAAAAUAUUAAAAAAGUAUAAAUUAAAUAUGUUUAUAAAUGUAUUAAAUUAAAUCAGUUUUUUAAGCAGAUUUCUUCUAUUAAUUCUACUUUCUAGUAAACUAACCCUAAUAACAACAUCGAUUUGGGUAUCACAAUGAAAUGAGGAUAAAGUAUAAUAUAAAAAAACUUGUAGGUAGGUAUACCACAACAUAAUAUGUUCUCAAUAGCUAAUCAACUAUAACAAAACAAAAAACAUAUUUUCAUCACUAUCAGAUUAGAUGUUGGCUAUCUAUUCUACGUCUUAUAAUAUAAAUCUUAGAAAACAAUUUGUUUUGUGUGCGAUGGUAAUGAAUCGGAUGGCCAUGUUAGCAGAAUAUUUUUUCGGGACGUAAAAUAUGCGACAUACUGUUUUUAAACAGUAAAAAUUUACUGUUCUAAUUAUUAUAUUAUUUUCUGUAGGGGACGUAGGGAAUAAAUUUCGUCUAUAAUUUUGAAAUAGGUAUAUUAAAACAGUGGCAUCUCUUUAAGUUUAUAAAACGUCAUAAUCUGCCUGUCUGCUAGCAAAAUCGAAACUUUUCUAGAAUGUUUGAAAGGUAGUAUGUAUUUGUUAAUCUCCAUUUAUCGUUAAACUUAGCCCGCUUCCAUCUAAGACUGAAUCAUCACUUACCACCAGGUGAGAUUGCUGUCAAGGGCUAACUUGUAUCGGAAUAAAAAAAACUAGAUUUAACAUUGUUUAUGUUUUACGAGUUUUACAUCUGAAGUUAAUACUAGUUUUGAAAGAGAUAACUUUUACAUUAUUCAAUAAAAAAAAACCAGACGGUCCCUUAAAAUACGUCGAUAUUGGAUACCCUAGUGAAAUAUUCUCAGUCCACGGCCCUUGCAUUACUGUUGUUUUCUAACUCAUUUCGGUAGAUUAUUGAGUUUUUAAUAACACUUUAUUAUUUUUUACGCUGACAAAAGAUAGUGCUGUUUUAUAAUUCGAAAAAGAACACCAUUGAAAUUUGCAUUAUUGGUAGGUGUUAUUUAAUUAUGUCGAUAUAAAUUGUUAAAAAAUAACAAGUGUAUGGCGGCUUUAAUGGAGUGAAAGGCGAAUUAGUAUUGUAGUAUGUGGAUGAGAAUUGAGUACCUACCACUAUAACUUUUUUUUAUAAAAGCGAUUAGAUUAACAUACGAACGAAAAGUGAAACUAAACGAACUUUAAUGAAAGCUGAACAUAAUAUUAGGUCUCUUCAAAAGUCUUUGGAAUUAAUGAUCCGAUUUUGAAAAUUCUUUCACUGAUAGAUAUAGCCAUAACCCUUCCUCCUUUCGGCUUUGCCGUAGUCGCGUAUAAAUAUACAUUAAUAUCGGUGGCAUGCAUUGCAUAUAGGUAACUAGGCAUUGCAUACCCUAUUAUUUAAAAACAUUCUGUUUUCUUUUUAAUCGAAAAAAACUAACGCAUUAUUUAGUUAAAUAAUGCCAGAAGUCUGUUUUGUUCCCCUUGACGCAACUGGGAAUUGAACUAAGGACCUUUUAAUGGCGAAGCGGGUAUUCGCACAGGUCAAGAGCAACAUUAGACAUUAGUACUUAUUACUUAUCUACCUAGUUUUUUAUUAUUUUAAAAUAUAUACCUAUAUAAAGAUAUAAAAUGAAAAGUUAUUACUGCAAGUCGCUAAUCUACAGAUUAUAAACCACAGACUAAAGGAAAGGUAUAGACAAUAAAAUUAAUCAAACGAGUGCGGAUAAAAAUAAGUCAUUCACCUUGUCACUGAGCCAGUAGCUGAAUAAAAAUGGAUUGCUUCAAUUUGACGUUUGGUCGCAACAGCUCUGUCUAUAUUGUUCCUAAGUCUGUAAAAAAAUUAAAACUCUUGCAGACUAGAUGAAUAGAACCAACUAUCGGCCGAUCAAAUUAGUCUGCGGGAGUCUAAAGCUCUGGUCAAACAACUUGCGAAGACAGCGACUCGUGACAGUAGCGUUUUCUAAACUGCGUUUAGAAAUUGUGAUACAAGAAACCGUGUGAAAGGGACGCCGUAACGACACAUAGGUAGGAGUGACAGAGACGACGCUCUACGAAGCAGAAAUCUCUUUCUAAAGUUCGAUGUGCAUAUUUCCUGCGGGUAGGUAGGUACUACUAGAAACAGUUUCUUGUAAUACAAACAACAAUGUAUAGCUGCUAAUCGAAGCAUUACACUGCCAUGCCAGACUUCAGUAUGAUGUAAUGCCGUAUUGCCGUCAUGUGCCGCUGCCGUCACGCGUUGUUUCUAACCAAGGCUUAAUUGUAAAGAGAACCUGCUUGCAUUUUGCUCAAUGUAAUGUUUGAAGUGUUUGUACAGUUCUGGUUUUCUAGGAUACCAGUGUCGUCAAAAAGCGGCCGCUAUAUGACCCCACCGCAGAGAGCGUUUAUCACAUCGAUGUUACGAUCACCGAUCGAUACGAAAAGAAAAACCACGUGAUCUUCCAAUAGACGUUUAAGUGACGUCAUUUGACGGUUUAAAGCGUUUGAUAAGUGACGGCACUGCUAGAUAGUUUUUGACACUGACAUAAGGAUGUCUGUCAACUACCUAAAGUGGAACUUUUAUAUGGGAUUUGUAUUACAUCAUCUUUUAAAAUAGGUACUGAUAUUGCUGAGUACAUCUGCGCUUUAAUGGGCUUGCACACGUACAGUGUAAAAGCACUGGGAAACCCCGUCAUCUAUAGACAAGGUUUAGUGACGUCAUUUGACGGUAUAUAGCGGCCGCUAUGUAACGGCACUGCUAUCCUAGAAAACUAGAGCUUAAACGAUAUCCACCGUUUUUUAGUGUGUAAAUUUGUAUUUAUAAAAACUGUAUUUAAUUUAAAAGUUAAUGAAUAAAAGGGUACGCCUUCAUGUGAUAACGA